AUGGCUGCCCACAAAAUAACUACAAUCCUUUCCAUCAUCUUUCUCCUCUCUUCCAUAUUCUGAUCUUCCGAUGCUAUCGGAAUUGCCAUCUACUGGGGCCAAUACGGCAACGAAGGCUCUCUUGCCUCUACUUGCGCCACUAGAAUCUACGAGUUUGUCAACAUAGCAUUUCUCUCGUCCUUUGGCAACGGUCAAACUCCGAUCCUCAACCAUGCUGGUCAUUGCAACCCUAAUAACAACGGUUGCACCUUUUUGAGCGACAAAAUAAAUUCUUGCAAAAGUCAAGGCACCAAAGUCCUCCUCUCUAUCGGCGGCGGUGCAGGGAGCUAUUCGCUCUCCUCGGCCGACGACGGGAGAGAAGUCACGAACUUCCUUUGGAACAACUUUCUCGGUGGGCAGUCGAGUUCGAGGCCACUAGGCAAUGCCGUUUUGGACGGCAUUGAUUUCGAUAUCGAAUCCGGCUCUGGUCAGUUCUGGGACAUAUUAGCUCAGGAGCUAAAGAACUUCGGUCAAGUCCUUCUCUCCGCGGCGCCGCAGUGUCCGAUCCCCAACGCACACCUAGACGCAGCCAUUAAAACUGGUUUGUUUGAUUUUGUUUGGGUUCAAUUCUACAACAACCCACCAUGCAUGUUUGCAGAUAACGCGGACAAUCUCCUCAAUUCUUGGAAACAAUGGACGACGUUUCCUGUUUCGAGGCUUUUCAUGGGGUUGCCGGCCGCGCCUGAGGCCGCCCCAAGCGGCGGCUUUAUUCCGGCGGAUGUGCUUAUUUCUCAUGUUCUUCCGACCAUAAAAACUUCUUCCAACUAUGGAGGAGUGAUGUUAUGGAGCAAGGCGUUUGAUAAUGGCUACAGCGAUGCCAUUAAAGGCAGCAUCAAUUAAUUACUUAAUUAGCA